GUGGAUGAAACGCACACCCGGAAAAACAAAACAGAAUCGGCGAUACUCUUCAUUCAUUGACAAAAUGUAACCGCACAUGACAAGGAAUAGCCGCGAAGCCUUAGACAUAAUGCUAGGGUUUAUAAUUUCGUUUAUUUUUGUAUUAGUGGCAAUACUAAUACUGCGUCAGGACUGGGCCCACAUUACUGGCGAUGCACCUCCUCCAUCGACAGUGCCACCUGCGCGGCUCAUAACCAAAGAUGAGUUAUCGCUGUACAGCGGAGAGGAGGACAGCAAGGGCCUUUACCUGGCCAUUUUAGGACAGGUGUUCGAUGUAGAAAAGGGGUUGAAGCACUAUGGACCUGGUGGUGGUUAUCAUUUCUUUGCAGGUGAUUUUUUAAAAUUAAAUUUGCCUAGGGCCUUAACAGCGGGGCUAUUGAUUGUGAACAUGCCUGUAGAUUAUAUAAAAUUCCGUACACUUCAAAAUAAGAGACACAGAUUUUGUCAGAUUUAUGAAUGCAUUUGAUGCUGCUUUCUAUUCCCUCCAUUCCCCCCUGUUAAGGAAAAGACGCAUCUCUGGCCUUUGUCACUGGGGACUUCACAGAUACCGGUCUGACUGAUGACGUGUCCAGUCUGUCACCUGCUCAGGUGAUGGUCCUCUAUGACUGGCUGACCUUCUAUCACAAGGACUACACGCCUGUAGGUGGGUAAUCAUACAAUGGGCGCAUUCGAGCGGAUCACUUUUGUCAAGCCUUCCAAAGUGUACCUCCCCGACUUCACUCCUCCACUUUUGUCUACAGUCGGUUAAUUUCGCUUUACCACUCAAAUGAGCCCAAUGACUGUAUGCCAGGCCAGGGUUAUCUUUGUGAGGGUCCGUGGUCCAUUUGAUCAAUUAACGUUUGCACCCAAUACCAGUUCAAUACAUCAUACAUGUGAAAAUACAUUAUACAUUUUUUUAUAAAGUCCCUCGCAGACUAAGCCUUUAAAUACAUAAUUUCUCAGAAUGGGAAAACUAUGCAUGCCCAUAUGUUAGCCCACAGGACAGGACAGGCAUAUACAGAGAAUCAAUUUACAUUUACGUCAUUUAGCAGACGCUCUCAUCCGGACCGACUUACAAAUUGGUACAUUCAACUUAUGAUAGCCAGUGGGACAACCACUUUUUUUUAUGGGGAGGGUGUAGAAGGAUUACUUUUAUACUAUUCCAGGUAUUCCUUAGAGGUAGGGUUUCAAGUGUCUCUGGAAGGUGGUCAGUGACUCCGCUGUCCUGGCGUCGUGAGGGAGCUUAUUCCACCGUUGGCGUGCCAGAGCAGCGAAUAGCUUUGGCUGGGCUGAGCGGGAACUGUGCUUCCGUAGAGGUAGGGGGGCUAGCAGGCCAUUGACAGAAAAAUGAAGGCAAGACCAUUAGUGUGACAUUAAAGUCCCCCUGUAUGUGCUACGCUGCAGGCAGACUGGUGGGUCGGUUCUACAGUGAGAGAGGAGAGCCCACAGAGGCCCUGCUACAGGUGGAGGGGGCCCUGGAGGAGGGGCAGAGACUCAAGGACCAAGCCCAGGCUGAGAAGCAACACCUCCCAGCCUGCAACUCGGAGUGGAGCGCUGCCAGGGGAGGACGGGUCUGGUGCGCCACCAAGAGGUACUGCCAUCAUGGGGACACAGAGAAACAUUGGGCUUCUUCGACAUUGCAGCCGACGGGGCAGGCGACUGCCGACUCUACAAAUCACCUUGCAUCAUGUGUAACUACUCAUUAUUUGUAGAUCAGUCACAAUUUAUCCACAAUGCACCACGGAUUUGAUGCUCUCGAACAGGGCCAUUGUAUUUACUAGCCUAUGUGGUGGUGGAGCAAUGUGUGCGGGUCCAAACUUUCCCAUGCUGAAGAAUAUCAUACACUAGGGGGUGCUAACUUGUAAAUAACAUGUUGCCUGCUAUCAAACAGACUGGAGAGAACAUUCACAGCCAUUAUACGCCGUGUUUCCCAAACUCGGUCCUCUGGACCACAAGGGAUGCACGUUUUGGUUUUUGCCCUAGCACUACACAGUUGAUUCAACUAAUCAUCAAGCUUUGAUCAUUUGAACAAGCUGUGUAGUUAGGGCAAAAACCAAAACGUGCACCCCUUUGGGGUCCCGAGGACCGAGUUUGGUAAACAUUGCAUUACAGAGAUCAUGUCUAUGGCUCUGGAAGUAUUAUUAGGGAAUGAACUAAGUGUGAACCUCUGAUUUGACUGUUGUUCUUUUCUCUCCUUAGUGGUGGAGUGCAGAGAGACUGGGCCGGCGUACCUAGGAAACUGUUCUCUCCUGGUUCUGGCCGCUCUCGCUGUGUGUGUGUCCAGAACUCCUCCACAGUGGAAAACCCCAACAUUCAGGAGUACGAGGGCUGCCCCCCUCACGCUGAGUCAUGUCCUGUCAGAGAGUAGAGGACUCAGGGGGAAGGCUGGGCCCCCUCACACAAGGACUAUAAAAUGGCCUAUAUACUGUUAUUUAAAUCUCAGGGACUUCCCAAGGGGUCCGACUCAGCCAGUUAUUCUAUUUGAUAAUGCCAGUUUGGUUAUUUUCUAAGUUGAUUUGUUUCUGUUGAGUUCUUUAUGCAUGUACAUUUAAGUUCAGUGUAAUUAAUAUGCAGUAUGCCAACUAAUUGCGAGUGCUAAUGGCCAAAUACUGGACAUCCUAAUAAUUAGGAAUAGGGAAUUGUUUCUGUUGAAUACUAUAUCUGUACAUAGACUAGAUGGACAAAUAAAUGGAUGUUUCAUACGUGUUUGGUAAUUGUCAACAAUUGGUAAUUGUCAGAUGGGAUAUGAAGUUGUGAACACCAGAAGGAUGGACAGGAGUUAACGUGUGCCAUGAAGUUGGUCUUGGAAAUAAGUUCGUUUUUUUUUGUUUGAAAAGUACAGAGCGAAAAACAAGAUCCUGUUAUUUUGAUUAACUUGAUGAAAAGUCAAAGGUCAUCCCUUUCACACAAGGAAGUGACAGGCUAGAUAUCUGAGCAUACAGAUACA